GAGUUUUAAGCAAGUUGAUGAUCCACUUGCAGAAGCCUGCGUAAGCAAUGUGCUAAACAUCUCCCUUUAUUUUUAGGAGUUAUUCUCCGAGACAAAAGAAGAGGCUUAGAGGAGAAAAAAAAAAGGAUGCCUUCUUCCCUUCAACUGCAUCGAAUUAAUCCGAACACCGCCACACUAGCGGUUAACAACUUCCACAAACAACCGCAAUUAUCUCAGGCUACAACAUGGUUCAGUCCGGUUUCCAUUUCUGUCCCUGACAACGUAUUGCAUUACCACACCCACGUUGUGGGUCCCAACCAGUGCUGCUCCGCGGUGCUGCAGUCUAUUUCCGCCCCAAUCGACACUGUCUGGUCCCUCGUCCGCCGAUUCGAUAACCCACAAGCAUACAAACACUUUCUCAAGAGCUGCCACGUCAUCGUCGGUGACGGUGACGUCGGUACACUUAGGGAAGUUCUGGUUGUAUCGGGACUUCCGGCGGGUUCCAGUACGGAGAGGCUGGAGAUUUUGGAUGACGAGAAACACGUGUUGAGUUUUAGCGUUGUGGGAGGAGAUCAUCGGCUAAAUAAUUACCGAUCGGUGACGACGCUGCACCGGGCGGCGGAAGAAGGAUCGACGGUGGUGGUAGAAUCGUAUGAAGUAGAUGUUCCACAAGGGAAUACCAAGGAAGAAACGUGUGUAUUUGUGGAUACAAUUGUGCGGUGCAAUUUGCAGUCGCUGGCUCAAAUCGCACAGAACAAGGCUAAAACGUCAAAGAGUAAUAAAUUAACUAUGAAUCAUGAUUAAUUAAUUAUUCUGUUUUGUACAUUUCUGGAUCUUUUUUAACUUAGUUGUUACUUGUUAUGAAUGAUGGAUAGAGAGUACUUUUUGUUAAGUAUUGUAGAUCAUGAUGAAGACCCGACCCACAACUGAAAAUUGGUAGAUUUCGUGGACUGUGGAAUUGUUUAAACGUGUUACUAUGAUAUUUCUAUACCUACCAAUCACUUUGUCACCAUCACAUAAAUUCUUCUCAAUAUACAAAGUAUUAACACUU